AUGGCCAGUGUAAGCGUCAGCAAGGGCGAGGGACACAACGGUGAUGUCCGUCGCUCAAGCGAAUCGCCUGAUAAGCUGCUCGAGCGACCCGAAGCCAACGUAAAUACGAUGGCCGAGUUGAUGCAGGCGGCGCGGAAACGCUAUGGCUCGAAAAAAAAUAUUGCCUGGCGUGACGUGAUCCGCGAACAUACCGAGGAAAAGGUGGUGUCCAAGAAAAUCGGUGAUGAAGAGGUACAGGAGACGAAGAAAUGGACGUACUUUGAACUGAGUCCAUACAAAUACAUCACUUUGGAAGAAUUUUUUACCAUGGUGGACCAGUUUGCUAGCGGUAUGGCUCAGCUGGAUCUAGACUUCAAAACUCAUUUCAACAUUUUUGCCUCAACUGCCGUAAACUGGCAGGUUGUGGCGCAAUCUUGUUUCCGUCAAGGAGUUACGUUCUGCACAGCUUAUGACACGCUGGGUCCAGAGGGUUUGCAUGUGUCGCUUGAAGAGCCUGAAGUACAGGGUCUAUUCACAAAUGCUGCGCAGCUACCAGUCGUAGAGAAGGUCGUUGACUCAACGCCUUUGCUCCGCGUGAUCAUCUAUGACGGCGAGGCUGACGAGAAAAUUUUGCAAAGUAUCCAACAGAAGCUGCAAGGCCGAUCGAACGCCGCAUUGAUUCACUUCGAUGAAGUCAUGAAACUGGGCCGUCAGACCAAGACAGAGCCUGCAAAGGUCAGCGGCAAGGAUGUGGCCUGUAUCAUGUACACAUCGGGUUCGACUGGCAAGCCCAAGGGUGUCAUUCUUACACACGCGAAUCUGGUGGCCACCAUUGCUUCCAUUUGUACAUUGAUGAACCCCUACAUUGGUGUAGGUGACUCCUUAUUGGCUUACUUGCCACUCGCACACAUUUUGGAGUUUGUCGUCGAAUGCUUUUUGAUGUACUUUGGUAUCGGAAUCGGCUAUGGACGUGUAAAAACGCUCACUUCUGCCAGUGUGCGUAACUGUGAAGGCGACCUGCAGGCUUAUCGCCCCACCCUAAUGGUGGGUGUGCCCGCUGUCUGGGAACUGAUUCGCAAAGGUAUCCUCAGCAAGGUCCAGCAAAGCGGUGCUACCAAACAGAAGCUCUUCAAUUGGAGUAUGUGGGCAAAGGACAAAGAAGUGCCUUGUUUGAAGCAGCUCGCAGACAGUGUUGUGUUCAAGAGUGUGCGCGCCCAGACGGGAGGUCGUUUGCGCUAUGCCCUCUCAGGUGGUGCUCCUAUUUCGCGCGAGACACAUCAAUUCCUGAACACGGCACUUGUUACGAUCAUUCAGGGCUAUGGCAUGACUGAGUCUUCAGCCAUGUGCGCCCUUCUAACUCCAAAAUUCUUCCAGUAUGGUUGCGUUGGGUGUCCUAUGCCUUCCGUCGAAGUGAGGCUCAUAGAUGUCGCCGAGGCCGGCUACUUUGCAAAUGGCAACCCUCCACAAGGAGAGAUUUGCAUUCGCGGACCUUCUGUGACGCAGGGCUACUACAAGCGGCCUGAAAUCACCAAGGAAUCCAUUACCCCUGAUGGAUGGCUCCUUACCGGUGAUGUGGGUCAAUGGAACCCAGAUGGCACGUUGUGCAUUAUUGAUCGUAAGAAGAACCUUGUCAAGUUGUCUGGUGGUGAAUACAUUGCUAUUGAGCGUCUCGAAAGCGCGUACAAAGCAUCUGGCGUUGUCAGUAACAUUUGUGUCGUUGCUUCAUCGGACGCCAAGCAGCCUAUGGCUGUAGUUUUCCCCCGUGAGGAUGCGCUUCGCAGUGCCCUUCGAGAAAAUGGCAAGGACAGCCUUGCAGACAAGCAGCUCUCAGACCUCUGCCACGAGAAAGAAGUCAGUCAGAUGGUUCUUCGCGAUCUUAAUUCUCUCGGCAAACAGUCAAACUUUGCGGCUAUGGAGUUGCUGCAGUGUGUCCUACUCAUUCCUGAAGAGCUUCCGCUUACGGCUGCGCAGAAAGUUCAGCGCAAGGAAGUGGAAAAGAAGUACCACGACCUUAUCAAGAGAGUGUACCCGUAG